AUCCCGCAGGUACGCCGAAGAAGCGCACCAUCAGUAUGGGAAGGAACCCACUACCCUGAAAACUGGGCACUUUACCCAAGUCGUAUGGAGGGACAGCACCGAGCUAGGCGUCGGGAUGGCAAGGAAUCGAAACGGCGAGGUUUACGUCGUUUGCAACUACAAUCCAGCGGGAAACUUUUUGGGCAGCUUCACAGAAAACGUUUUACCGCCUGGCGGCAUGAGUCCCACGAAGAAGGUUAGACCGGAUCCCAGAGCGCUUUACGCGAACGAGCAAGCGUGGCAGCAGGAGGCUCUGCUCAUUCAUAACGAAUACAGGAGGAAGCAUCGGGUUCCGGAUUUGAGACUCAGCGCCGAAUUAACGGCCGCUGCUAAAGCGUGGGCGAACACGUUGCUAAGCACGAACAAGCUGAUCCCGCAAUCGUCGUCCCCGUACGGUGAGAACAUUUACUCGAUGCAGUGUUCCGAUCCCAAGUUGAUCGUGCCCGCCCGGGAAGUCGUCUCCAAGUGGUAUUCCGAGAAGAAGGAUCACAAGUAUGGCACGGAGCCAAAGAUUUUAAACACAUGCCAUUUCACUUCAGAGAUUUUACUGUCGCAAAGACUGUUCGUCUCAACAGAAAAAGCUAUGGAAGAAGACGAAAGUAGAGGCCGGAGCCAUAAGUGGCUCAUCGAUCAAGAAGGCAGAUAA